AUGGCCCUCAAGUCCGAUUCCGUGUUCGAGCGUAUCGCUAAGCGCCUGGAGACGAUCGACCCGAACAACCGUCAGGUGCAGCAGAUCUACAAGUUCCGCAUUCAGCAGAACGGUAAGGUUGUGAAGACCUGGGUGCUGGACCUGAAGGCUGUCAAGCUGACCGAGGGUGACGGUGCGGCGGAGGCCACCCUUACCAUGGAGGAUGACAUCAUGUUCGCACUCGGCACGGGCGCAAUGCCGGCGAAGGAGGCCCUCGCCCAGGACAAGCUGGAUGUGGAGGGACAGGUCGAGCUGAUCUUCCUGCUGGAGCCGUUCAUUGCUUCGCUCAAGAAGUAA